UGACCUUUGAUCACGAUGUUGUCACGUGAAUUGGAGUGGACCGUGGAGAAAGUAAACAUCAAGGUCCAGAGGCAAACAGGCGAUAAUGUAAUGAUAGAACCAAGUAUACAACGGCGAACAGUCCAAACAGGUUUGGACCGCCAAUCAAGUCAGUCGAUGGAUAAUGCACCAAGAAACGCAUUCUUAUGCAGGAAGAGGUCGGGAAGGACCGCUGAGAUGUAUUUUUCUUUGCGAGUUUCAUCCCGUUGCUGGUCCUAAGAUUACUUGUCAAGUGCCAGAAGGCUACAUAUCGAAGGAAACCUUCGACGCGGUGAGCGUGUACCUGAUCCCUAAGGCACAGCUGCAGAGGAGCAUCAUCACCGUAACUCUAGUCAAGUGGAAGAUAAUUGGCUUCCCGAUACGAAUCGACAGCAAGAAGUACGCUCGCAAUGCAUUCUACUUCAACCUGUGCUUCGUGUGCGAUGCGUGGGCGCGGAGUGUGCAGUACGAGCCAGUGGUCAAGAAGCUUUCAGACUACUUGAUAACCAUGGAGCUGGAGAAGCACUUCCUGUCGAGUGUCGGCCCGAGCAGCAGCGAGCGAGCCCGCCUGCCCGCCAUGUUCGGCCAGGUGCUGGAUGACUUGAACACCCACAAGAUGUGCACGCUCACAGAGGGCACGACCACCACACACCUGACGGUGGUGAGGAUAUCUCAGGACCCAGAGGCUGUGCUGGACCACCAGGUGCCCGUCUUCACAGACGAGCAGAGCUCCUUCGAGCCGGAGCAGUGGGACCUGACGACCAACCAGGUUCUCCCGUACAUUGAUGGCUUCAACCACGUGUCUAGGAUUGCGGGAGAAGCAGACGUGGAUAUAAACCUUGUGAAGUCGUGUGUGCAGAACCUGGUGUACUACGGCGUGGUAACUCUGAUACCGAUAUUCCAGUACUCCAACGUGUAUGCAGCCACGACCAAGCUGCGCAUGCUGUGCGAAGACAAGGAACUGCAAGAGCGCUGCCUGAGAUUUGUUUCAAAGUCAGCCAGGGAGCUGCCUGCCUUGCGAGACGUUUUCCGCAUGUACAGCGGCAUGUCGCACGGCGUCACCAUCCGGGACUUGUGUGUCCGGUUGAAUCCGCACCCCCUGAGGAUUAAUGAGCGCAAGCUGAUCCUGUUUGGAGUCCUGGAGGGCCUUAUUCGGCGUGUUUACAAGAUGCCGGUGUACCUGAGCGACGACCUGGAGGACGGAGUCCCCGCGAGCGGCGUCCACAAGCACCUCACGGGGCUCAGCUCCGUGGACGAGGUGUGCUGUGCCCUGGGCAUGAGCAGCCAGCACCUCGAGGACUACCUGGAGCGGGACCCCAACGUCGUCGUCGUCUGGAAGUAGUACCUACAGACGUUCCUGGUACUGCAGGAACGUGUCUUAUUGUUCAACUAACACGUUAAUUCUUGUGCCAUAUUCUGAUGAAAUGAAACUUCGUUAUGUUGCCCUUGCACAUCAGUCAAUAUUGAAUAUAUUUUAUGAUGUUACAAUUAUUUUAAGAUUCAAUAAAGUGUUCAUUAAAAUUUA